AUGUUUUCGGCAACACUGAGCGGUAAGGAUAGGAGAGCAUAUUGGGAAGAGCUAUUGGAGGAUUACUAUGGAUAUGUUAAAAAAGAAAUCGGCAAUAGAAAAAUGCCAUAUACCAUUGAACAGCUUAAAGAGGCAUAUCGUCAGUUCUUUCCCAUGGGUGCAUAUUUGAUUGUGCCAGCGAUUGUACCACUGUUCGAAAUGGCUUGUGGAGCACACGCAGAGGAGUGGAAAAAAGAGAUUGUUACGGAGAAAUGCGGAUGCUUGUUGGACGACAUGUGCUUCUACCAUGAUCGCAACAUGAAGAUGAAAGAAGUAGGGUAUCUUUAG